GUUCCAGCUCCGGACUGUGCCCUGCUCGGGAGCGGGGCGGCGCGGGGGCGCACGGCAGGGAAGAGGAGCGGGCAAAAGGAGGAUGCCUGUCCUGCAGUACUGCCAGCGCCGGGAACGCGGGCGGGGUGGGUCGUGCCAACACCGUCCCCCCGACGGUCUCUGCCGCUAAUGCCGUUUUUCUGCCGCUGCGCAGGAGUCCUAGCGAAUGUAAUUCACCUGCCGCUGUCUUCAGCAGGAAAGAGGCUAAUCCCAUUUGGCGAUUUAGCGGGCCCGCCGCCAGCAGGUGAGGCGGCGGUGGAGGUGGGCGCCCGGCCCGAGCCGUGCCCGGCUGGCCCGGGGCCUACCAGGAUGUCUGUAACAGAUCAAGCCUUUGUGACCCUUGCUGCCGAUGAUGUGUACUGUCAAGGCGCUCUGGUUCUCGGACAGUCAUUGAGGAACCAUAAGACAUCUAGAAAAUUGACAGUUCUAAUUACACCAGAGAUUUCCAGUGGGAUGAGGUCAGUCCUCCGCAGUGUAUUUGAUGAAGUAAUCCAGGUGGAUGUGCUUGACAGUGCUGACUCAGUCCAUUUGGCUCUAAUGCAGAGGCCAGAACUGGGUGUAACCUUUACUAAGCUUCAUUGUUGGACUCUUACUCAAUUCAGCAAAUGUGUAUUCAUGGAUGCAGACACUUUGGUGCUUUGCAAUGUUGAUGAAUUGUUUGAUCGAGAAGAGUUUUCAGCAGCUCCCGAUUCUGGCUGGCCUGACUGCUUUAAUAGUGGAGUAUUUGUGUUCCGGCCCUCUUUGAAAACUUACAACCUACUGCUCCAGUUUGCUGCUGAACAUGGCAGCUUUGAUGGAGGUGAUCAAGGAUUGUUGAAUAGCUUCUUCAGCAACUGGGCAACAGCAGAUAUUGGCAAACACUUACCUUUCCUCUAUAACUUAAGCAGCAGUGCUGUAUACACCUAUGUUCCUGCUUUCAAUCAUUUUGGUAGAGAUGCCAAAGUUGUUCACUUCUUGGGAGCAACAAAGCCCUGGAAUUACAAAUACAACCUUCAGACAAGGAGAGUUAUGCAGGAUGACACAACCUCUGGAUCUUUUCAUCAACUGUCAUUUCUUGCCCUCUGGUGGAAUAUAUACAGUGCCAGUAUACUGCCUUUGUUAGAAAAACUUCAAAAGGUGGAAGAAUCAGAAUCCAAGGAAUGCAAGCACACUUUCAAUGGAGUUGAAAUUACACUGAAGAAGGUCAGUCCUUGUGUGGCCAAUUCGCAGCAAAUGCCUGAGCUUCCAGAGCAGGCAAAUGAAAUAAAUCCCACAGGGUGUUCACCUGAGGAACUCACUUUUGAAGCUCAACCUGUACAUGAAGUUGAACCAAGCGAUUCUAGCGUCCAUCUCUCUGAGCCUGACAGACCUUCAGAACAACCUGUGUCCCAUCCUGCAUUUCAGGAAACCUCAGAACUGAACGAGGUUGCAGAUUCUGUUUCAGAGCUGUCUAUUCACCUUAAACCAGCAAAACCGAGUCCAGAAGAUGAGCGGAGAAAAUGGGAGGAAGGGCGCAUGGACUAUAUGGGGAAAGAUGCUUUUGAACAUAUCAAAAAGAAAUUGGAUGCAUUUUUACAUUAAGAUAGAGUGUACUGUAAAGGCCAUCAUGAUAUAUGUAUCUUCUAUAAACGCAAUUCUUGAAUACUUGGCUAUAUUAACAGUUUACCUGAUGCCAGAGGUUAUUAUGGAUCCUCAUAGAAUCUUGGAGGAGAUUAACAGAUACAGACUCUUUUUUUUUUUUUUUUUAACUUUUAAGUGUGCCUCAUCUUUAUUGUUACUUAUGUCUCAUCUUCAUUGUUCUCCAACAGUGCCUUCUAAAGAAUAAUGAAUGGUACGCUCUCAGUAUGAUCUCUCAUGUGUUUAUCACUCUUCCCUGUUCCUCCCCAUAGCAUUCUGCAGAAACAGUCAUGAGUGGGAAACAUGCUGGAAAAUGAGACUAUUUUGGAAAUUGAGUUUAUUUCCCAGACUGAGAUUAUUCCUGAAGUACUUAUAAAAGACACUAUAAAGCUAUUUAAAUAAAAAACUUGUUCCAGAAACCAAAUUAAUGCUUUCAAGGGCAACCAUGAUGUAGACUUCAAUAUGAGAAAACAGUGAGGAGAUGAAAUCCUGUCCUCAUUGGAGUCUGCAACAAAACUUUUUAAUUUAAAUAUGAUUAGGAUUAGAGGAACUUUAGACUUCAUCUGAGAUCACUAGUGGAUGUUCUGUGUUUGUCUGUUUAUAGGAAGAUGCUCAGCUUUAUAACUAGUGUAAGGAAGAGUGGUUUAAAACUCUUAAGACAGACUGGUAAUGUAUGUUAACCUUUUAUAUUGUUGCUAUAGGAUACUGUUGCUUUUUAAAAGAUUGAUAGCUUUACUUGCAUAUUCUGAGUUGUGUAGUCAGAGGAAGAAAUGGGGAUGGUAUGGUGUAAACCUUCCAGUGCUUUAUAUAAAUUCGUUUACAAUACUUCAAACUGCAGCUGAUAAAGGCUUCCUUCUAACUCAGGUUGAUAGCCCCAUAUUAAAGGCAAUUUGAGUGCAACUGAAAACACAAUUGGCACUUGUUUUAGUAAACAGGCCUUUUGAAGAUAUUUUAAACAAUAGCUGUGUGUGGGAACCAAUAAAUCUGUGAGGGUUGUUCCAGAAAAAAUCUACUGAUGAGACACCAUUUUAUUAAGAAUACUUAUGGGGGAUUGUUUUGUGAAUUUGGGUAUUUAAAUUUGACUUAUCUCAGCGAAUUUGCCUUAACAAACAAGAAAAAGUACUUUCUUUCAAAGUAAACAACUUUGAAAGAAAGGAUCUUGACAGUCAUGCUAAUAUGAUAACAGGUUUGACACAGUUAUCUGUAACAUCACUGAAUAUUAGAAUAAAAAUUCUGCAGUGAUGAUGCAGGACUUUAAACAUUUUGGUCUUAAUAUGUCACCAAUUUUGGUAGAGAUAUACAUAGUGAAAUAACUUGGGAAUUCUGUUUCAAAAUGCUGUUACAUUGUGCAUAAAAGGGAUCACCAUAGGUGUUAGUGGAGAAAAAAAAGCAGGAUAGGAGGGAAGAAGAAAAUUUUAUUUCUUUUUCCUCCAUCAAAAAGGAUGUGAGGGUGGGGCAGAGAAUACUUGUGCAAAUUGGGAAAUUAAUGAAAGAAAUUAAAAGUCCUUUAAAAGAAGAAAAACAUAUCUUUGAGUAUCUUAGAAUUACUUUCUAAUAUUCACAAUAGUGGACUUGCUUUUACUUUUGUAGGAUUUUUCUGAUUUUUAUCUAGUUCUCAUUUAUUCUAAGCACUCUUAAAGAGUGAAACUCAUUGGUGUGUCUUCUGCGUAUAAGCUUCUAGGUUAAGUUAGAUGUUUUAGGGUCAACAGAGAAAUGGGGAAGAAUCAUCUCCCUUUGACUAACCUGGGGACCCUUGAUAGCCUGUGUCUUUCUGGGUAGGUGACCUUCACAUGUUAGCACAGGUAGGUGCAUUCUACCUCUUGGUGCUGUGGCCCAGUGCAGCGCUGUGUGGAGAUGGCAGCAGCUGCAGUGUCCUCUUACUCACAUGGCAUUUGAUCUGCUGAUUAGCCCUGUUUCUUUGUGAUCCUUGUGCACUUCUGAGAAAGUUCUCUGUUUUAAAAGCAUUGUUGUUAACAUAAUUCAAACAGGUUUUGAAGACUAUAAAACUAGUCAUCAAUGUGAACUCAUGCUUCGGGGAGGUGUACUUUUUACAGUAACAACUAGAUCUUAAUUAAUUAGAUUAUGAGAGAAAAAUUACUGAUGUGAAAUCUGUAACUGAAAGGUUUUUUAUAUAGGUGUAUGAGUGUAGUAGAAGGAGCUGUGAUUGGACACGUCAAAUGGUUAGUAUGUAAAAUGGUACUGUGUGGCUUAUACAAUGUUUUGCAAAGAAUGUACAUUAAUGUAAUGGAAAUAAAAGAAAUGGAAAA